AUGAGUGUUAAGAUACUAACAGUUAUGGCUGUAGCAUUGAUGUUAUUCAACGACUCUUUAUUUAUCAAAACUGCUCAGCUCAAUAUAUCGACUGAAGCACCUCUUCUAUCACAAGUAAAUCGGACUUCAAAAGAACUACAAGAUAAAUCUAAAUUGGUUCAGGAUAUAAGUGUAGAACUUAAAACGUCUGGUCGGAAGUCGACUCCUGAAGAUUACAAUACAUUUUCGUCUUUGACGUCCGAUGUUUUUGUUGAAACCCCGUCAUCAAUUUCCAAUCCUAAAUUAUACCCUUCGCUAACAACCAGUAUGCCGGCAUUUGUAACUCGUGGCAGGUAUAUCAGAAAUCCGUUCUACUUCAGCAAGGAUGAUCAAGAAGUUGAAUUCGAAGAAGAUCAACAUGCUGAUGUUCUGUUAAAUAGUGGAUUUCCGAAAUGGAAUAGGUAUAAUACCAAUCACAGACAGUUAAAUAAGUAUGGGCCAACGCCAAUCGAAACAGACAUUACUGUCGACGAAGACGGAUCAACCGGUUAUGGAAGUACGUUCGACUUUGGCGGUGGAGGCGGUAACGUGGGGGCUUCUAGUUACGAUUCUGGUAGUUACCGAAACCCAAACAACGGAUGGUCAGGUGGAGACAUGAUGGAGUGGUACAGCGAUCCUAUACCGCAGUCAUCGCGCCCCGUUCCAAUAAUCGCCGAAAUUCGGCAUCCUAGCAAACACAAAAUGUCCAUCGAUGUGACCAAAAUAGGUCUGUUAGCGUUGGUCAAGAUCGCGAUGGCCAAGUUGAAAGCACUGGGUUUCAUUAAGGCCAUGUUGCUCAUGUUGUUCAAACUCAAACUCCUCAUACUCGUACUGGCCAUCAAGGCCCUAAUGCUGAUGAAAAUAGUGAAAAUGACCCUAUUUCUUCCAGCUCUCUUAUCAAUAUUCACGUUCCCGAUGAUCUUAUCGCGGCUAACGAACAUGCACUCGUUACUAAGCCAACCGGUUUUAGUACCGAAUAACUUUGGCAUGAACCAGAAUACCCCGGGUGGAAAUACACCGGCAACCCCGGGCGGGGGCGACAGUGGGGAUGAUGACGGAAAAAGAAGGAGUCGUCUAGACCAGUUGGAAGUAAUGGAAACUGGAAUGACCAGCUUUAGACAAAUCAUGCGGACGGAAAAAUGCGUAGAGAGAGUGUCCUGCCGUAUGGCUGGUGCAGAACGACCGAGUUGGAUACUCAUUUGGUUAAAUUGGGCGGCGUCGCCUAUAUCGAACUAUAUACCGAGCAAGAAAAUAAGAUCUUUCGUUUCAACAUUUACUGAAGUAACCAAUUUUCGUUUAGAUAAUUUAUACACAAGAUUAUUGCCUAGUAAUUGGACGGAAUGGUGUAAUGAACAUUAUGCAUGCGGUGAAAGUAAAAAAAUAGGAUAA